AUGCAUUUUUGGCGAGAAGGAAACAUCAUCAAGACCGAUCCGGUCGAUUUUCCCGUGCAACACUUAGGCGGAGUGGGGAACGUCUUCUUCACUAGGAUGAAGGAACACGGACAAAAAAUUGCACAGAUAGACGCAGACAGAGACCAAACAGACACUUUCUCAUCUCUCCUGCAACGAAGCAUCCGAACGGCGAUAGCGCUGUCGAAAAGGGGCAUAAAAAGAGGGGACAUUGUUACAGGGUGUUCGAACAAUCAUCUCGACGCUUGCGUGCCCAUUUUGGCAUCGUUUUUCUUGGGGGCCGUGCCAUGCUCCCUGGAUCCGGCCCUGUCGAAAUUUGAGAUGCAAGAAUUGGUGUCGCAAGUGAGGCCGAAGAUCGUGUUCGCGAUUGAGGAGUGCGUCGGUGAGAUGGAGAGAUGUUUGGGAGAGGCUAAUUUGGACUCGGAAAUUGUGGUUUUCGGGGAGAAGCAUCCCGAGCAUUCUUCUUUCUCGGAGUUUUUACUGGAACAAGAAGACGAAGAAACCUUCAAGCCUAUCUUCGUCGAAAACCCCAAAGACACCGCGAUAAUCUACUUCAGCAGCGGCACCUCGGGCUUCCCCAAGGGGGUCUGCAUCAACCACCACUACUUCUACAACUCGUCGCCUUUGGUCCCCCCCGCCAAAAACGAUGACGUCGAUAAAGAGAGACAGCUGUACGAGAUGAACGUGAGAAAGGGCGUGUGUACCAGCUUCCUCAACUACGGCUCCAUGUACUGGAAUUCUGCUGGAAUGGGGUUGUUCUUGUCGGCCAUCACAGGGGUGUCUCGUUUGCUGAGCAGCAACUUCGACGCCAGCAAGUUUUGGUACCUCAUAGACAGAUAUAAAGUUUCCGGAGGUUUUUUGACGCCAUUUCAGGUGACAGAACUAGUGAAAUACGGCAAACCAAAAGACGUCGAAUGCAGCACGUUGCUCCGUCUCGCUACUGGUGGCGCUGCUCUGUCGAAAAAGUACUUUUUCGCACUGCAAGACCUACUUCCGAACACCGACAUAAUACCGACCUAUGGACAGACGGAGGUCGGAGUUUUAGCCAGUUUCCAAAUGCACAACAAGACGCAGAGGGAGCUGUACAAGAAGAAUCCGGAAACUGUUGGAUUGCCAGUGAGAGGGGUGUGGUAUAAAGUGGUGGAUCCAGAGACAGAGGAGAUUUUGGGUCCGAACAGACCCGGCGAACUGCGCGUUAAAAGCAUCACAAUCAUGAACGGCUACUACAACAAGGACUUCUCCAACAGAUACGAUCAGGACGGCUGGUUCAGGACCGGUGACGUCAUCAAGUACGACGAGGACUGCUAUUUCUACGUGGUGGACCGGCUGAAGGAGAUGCUCAAGUACAGGGGGUGGCACAUUCCGCCCGCCAUCUUGGAAUUGGAGCUGUCGCAUCAUCCGGCCGUGCGGCAAUCCGUAGUUAUCGGACAAAAACACGAAGAAGAUGGAGACCACCCCAUGGCGAUAGUGAUCCUAGACGAGCAGUACAAAGGAAAAACAACCCCCGAGGAAAUCGUCCGGUAUAUCGACGAGAGGGUGCAGGACAAACAGAGGCUGCGCGGGGGCGUGAAAUUCGUGGACAAAAUUCCUUUAACGCCCUCCGGAAAAGUCAAAAGGAAGGAACUCAAAAGGAUUUUUUGCAAUGACGAACGAUGCUACUUGAGGCAGAAUAUCUGCCAGAAUUGUAAUUGUACGGAAAACAAUAGCUGA